AUGUUGGGUAAUCCGAACCGGUGGCAACCGGAUGACCCCAACUGGAGAAGACGUUUUACAACGGUACCGUCCUCCUACUGGAAAAACCGCAUGGAUCGAUUGCGUGUUAUUGCAUACAGACAGUACGUCACGUUGGACCCACGGAUCCGUCAUGUUUUCGAUGAAUGCGAAGGGAUCAUGGAAGGUGUACAAGGACCGUACGAUCUCCCUACUCCGUUCCAGGACUUCCGAGGAUCUGUUAGCAGUCUAGCACACGUAGUAAGAAAUCUGAAGAGCCUGGGUCAACCUCCGCCUGCAGAUGGAGUGUAUAAAUGGACUGCCCCUGGCCCAGUACGAAAACUUGCACAGGAAGAGCGCCGAUCUUUCACGCCGGAACCGCAGCCUAGCCCCAUUACGACCGAUUUACCCAAGUUCGAAUUUACUCCCUCAGGCAAGGAAGAAAUAAGAGACGCUUUUGGUGUACCGCGCGACGCAAGGACACUAGGAACACGCGCGCCUCGACGACUUAAUAUACCGGACUGGGGCUCAGGUGGCGGGAACUUGGGUGGUUCCGCGUCCGGGUCGACAUCAAGAGGCGGUGCUCUGGGGACAACAGGAGGUGGUGGACUCAGCAAAAACCGACGUCAGACGAAUAGAGGCUACGCACGUUGGAACAAGAAUCGGGACGGCGCACAAUUUAUCCUUUCCGCGCAGAAGAUGAAUAGCCUAGAUAGUCUCCAGGAGAUAGGGGUGUCGAGUUCAACCAUCGACGAGAUAGUUAAGUCGGCCCCCUUCGGAACAGGAGGACGUUUUCAGAGUGGGACGGGGGAGACCAUCUUCACGCCACAACCUAUUGGUUCUAGAGCCGGGAAGCAGCCGACUAUAUUCCCCAAUCCGUAUGCAAAUCCUUUGAUCACGACAAAUGAAUCUAUUUUAUAUGACGAGCAGUAUCUCCUCCAGGAGGCGCAGCGGUUGGAGGAGCGUAGGGGACAGCAAUACCAAACAACGGAUACCUGGCGGGACGCGCGAGCUACAGGCUUCGGUGGUACUGAAGGCCAAAGUCCGGGCUCGUCUUCAGGAUCGCCGAGCGCAUUCCCGUCCCCUGCUCCUAGCACUUAG